AUGUCAGCCGUCAGUAUGGCGUCUGCUCCGAAGUCAAAGUUCCCAGAAUACCUUGAUGGCGACGUCCUCCUCAUCCUGUCGUCUACGCAACAGUUUAAGUUGCACUCUCAGGUCCUGUCAACUCACUCGACCUUCUUCGCCCAGGAGAUUGCAGCGAAGCCCGCUGCACGUCUUACUGCGCAAGCACGUCGCGACCAUGCUGCCGCCUACCGCUUUGAAUAUGUGCCUACCUCCCAACCAGACGGUAUCGGCAAAUGGGUGCGCAAGGAUCUCAACAGCGAAGGCCGCAUUCCUCGAAACAGCAUGCCUCUGAUGCCCGAUUUUGCCAACGGAACAGCGUCGAACGACAAUCCUACGCACAAGGCGUGGGAGUGGCUCUUUGGCAUCUUUUACAAUCGUGAGCCCGCCUUUGUCAACAAUGGAUUGGUGGCCAUCGUCUCGGAAAUCAUUGUGCUCAUGGAAGUGGCCGACUCUGUGGGAUCGACCGACCAUGUGCGCGACGUUGUUGACCUGACUCUCCUUCGUCAAGACCGACUUCUGUGGAACUCCAUCAUGAACAAUUCAGUGGCAUGGCUCGAACUCGGUCGUCGUGUGCGUUCGCCGACCGUUUUCAGCGAGGCUGCCAUCCACCUCAUUGGUCAGUGGUGCACGUUGCCUGAAAACGUCAAGGAGCAGGUCUCUUCUGAUCUUCGUCCUCUCAUUGAGCGCAAGGCGGACCUGCUCGACCUCGAGAAGGAGGCCAUCGAGAUGCGCAUCCUCGGUCACUACCCACAAUUCUUGUUGCGUACCGCUGCAGAGAAGCCCGGUCGUCCAUCCUACGCCAACGACAUCUACAUGUGGAUGUCAGUGAGCUUCUUCCGUCAAUGGUUUGCCCAGAACGUAUCGGACGACCGCACCCGUCGCGCCCCGGACGGCGGGCUGAAUUUCUACACGGCAUUGUCUGAAGGUGGCCAGGCGUACUUGUCCCACACCGAUUUUCAGGAGUUCCACCGCUUUUUCCCUAUGAGCAUCAAGGCUUGCCACGUCGUCGAGGCCAACAUGGGCGUAUUCAAGGAAGACAUCAAGCCGUUGGUCGAAGGUCUCAUGGUCGAAAACACCCACCUCAAGCGCGCCGACUGUCGCACCAUCACCUGGUUGACCUGUGCCACGGUCGAGAGAGAUGAGUUGCCAUGGCAGACCAUUUCGGCCGACGCGGGCAAUGAGGGCAGAACAGGCGACCAAUCUCUGCAGAACUUGUAUGCCGAAUUGGACAAAGAGAACGACAACGCCGCCAUGCUCGCCCAGCAUGACAGAAACAAGAAGCUGCGCAAGCGAUCAAAGCCUGCUGCCGCCGUCGCCCCAGCCCCAGCAAUUUCCAAGCCCACCAGUUCGACCUCUACCUCUGGGCCCGCUAGACGUCGGAAGCGCCUUAGGGUCAUCGAGGACGACGAGACCGAGGAUGAGUUUGGCGACGGUUCUGGCUUGUUCGUCCCCGAACCUACUAAGCACCACAACGGCGAUAGGAUGGAUGAGGCCGAAUAG